AUGUCACGCAACGCUUUUGAGGAAUUACGGGUUCAGCUGCGAACACUGCGAUAUCUGGGGGUUCUGCGCUUCAGCAUCGAUUUUGAGAAGUGUUUAGUGCGGGAAAAUGCUUUCGACGAGCGCAUUGCCUGGUUGUAUUUAAUCGGGAUUUUCGGAAUCACCUGUAGUUUUCUCAGCUACAGCUGGUACUACCCCAAUCACUUUGUCAUGGGCAGACACAACAGCACGGGCAACUGCUAUGCCCUGAUCAACAUCAGGUGCUGUUCCAUAUUCACACUGCUGGUCUACAUUCAGCUCUAUGUACGACGCUGUAGGUUCGCAAAUCUUUUGCAGUCGAUGUUGCGGUUUAACCAAAUCACGGGAUGUCGCAGUGGAGCCUUGAAGUUUGCUUCUCCCUACUUUCUGCAUUUGUCUCUUUUUGCGAUUUGCAUGCUGAACUACACCUACGGAUAUUUUGCGGCAGGCGUUCGCGUCACCACAAUUCCCAUUUACCUCCUGCAGUACGGAUUUUCAUACCUCAUUCUUGGCCAAGUGGUUGUACUAUUCGCCUGUUUUCAACAAAUUCUUCUCUCGAUUUUAAGGCACUACAAUCAAGUACUUCUCGAAAAUGUAAAGUUAGGCAAGGAAUGCGCCGGAUUAUAUGAAAAUUUACGCAAAUACAACCAGGUGAUGUGGCUUAGCCAUGUGGAAGUCAAUUAUUGUUUCGGCUUGCUACUACUGCCAAUAACCGGGUUUAUUCUGCUGAUAACCCCAUCGGGACCAUUCUACCUGGUAUCCACCAUUUUCGAAGGCCGUUUUCGACAAAAUUGGAAGUUUGCCUUUAUGUCGCUUACUGCCGUAAUUUGGAGCCUGCCCUGGGUGGUUUUGCUCGUCUUUGCCAUGGGGAUCUGCGAUGUGCAGAAGGAGGUGAGUAGCUUUUUCCACUCUCUUUAA